AUGGAUGCUACUUGUUUGUCGAAGGAUAUGGCGGAUCAUGGGGAAGUACCUCAUGUUCUUGCUGUUGAUGACAAUCUCAUUGAUCGUAAACUUGUCGAAAAGUUGCUAAAGAACUCCUCUUGCAAAGUGACUACUGCAGAGAACGGCUUAAGAGCAUUGGAGUAUUUGGGUUUGGGAGAUGAUCAACAGAACAUAUCGAAUGACAAUUGUUCCAAGAUAAAUUUGAUAAUCACAGAUUAUUGUAUGCCGGGAAUGACGGGUUAUGAGCUACUUAAGAAAAUUAAGGAGUCAUCUAUGAUGAGGGAAGUUCCAGUUGUAAUAAUGUCAUCAGAGAACAUCCCAACUCGAAUCAACAAGUGUUUAGAAGGAGGAGCCCAAAUGUUCAUGUUGAAGCCCUUAAAGCAAUCGGAUGUGAAGAAAUUGAGAUGUCAGUUGAUGAACGUUGGAAGCUGA